UGGAUUUUUUUUAUAACAUCGUGCUUGUAGGUUGUUCAAAAACAUUGAUUAGGCAGAGUGCUGUGUCCCAAAGGGAGGAAAAGAGGGCACAGGGGUAAGAGAGGGGCUGGUGAGAAGCCUGCUAAUACAAGCUGACAGGAGUGAGCACAGUCAGUGAGCUGUCUGUUUCCUCCACAGAGGGUAAUUCUUUAGCAACGUGGGCCUCAAAAACAAUGCGUGGCUGAUGGUUAAUUCAACUUCAAACAUGGUCACAUAACCUCAAGCCUCAACUGACCCAAUACACUGAAGACGAAAGGCUCACGUAGAUACAUAUAGAUGAGAUAUGGCACAUCAAAUACAGAAAAAGCACAUCUGAGGUGAAGACAAGGUCACCCAGCAGAUGUGGACAGCAUGUCGAAGGUGGAGAAGUCAAAUGGCCUUAACAGGCCUCUGGACAUUGUACCCAGCACAGAGGAGAAGAUGACAGACAGGGGUCAGUGGGGCAACAAGAUUGAGUUCAUUCUGUCGGUGGCAGGAGAAAUUAUUGGGCUUGGAAAUGUGUGGCGGUUCCCUUACCUUUGUUACAAGAAUGGAGGAGGAGCUUUUUUUAUACCAUACCUCAUUUUUCUGUUUGCUUGUGGCAUUCCUGUUUUCCUCCUUGAGACUGCUCUGGGACAGUACACCACUGAGGGAGGCAUCACUUGCUGGAGGAAAAUCUGUCCAUUGUUUGAAGGUGUGGGAUACGCCACCCAGGUGAUUGUAGCUCUGUUGAACGUCUACUACAUUGUGGUGUUAGCCUGGGCUAUCUUCUAUUUGUUCAACUCAUUCACAUCAAAUCUACCCUGGGCAUCCUGCAACAACACUUGGAACACAGAUUCCUGUAUGGCAUUUCAGAGGGGGAAUAGCUCCAUCAAUCACCAUGAGAACGCCACAUCUCCUGUCAUUGAGUUCUGGGAACGCAGGGUGCUGCGACUUUCCUCAGGUAUUGAAGAGAUUGGAACCUUGAAUUGGGAUCUGGUUCUGUGUCUGGCCCUAGCAUGGGUCCUCUGCUAUUUUUGUAUCUGGAAGGGAGUCAAAUCCACUGGAAAGGUAGUUUACUUCACAGCCACCUUCCCUUACAUCAUGCUUGUGGUCCUACUGAUCAGAGGAAUCACCCUGCCAGGAGCUUCCGUGGGAAUCCAUUUCUACCUUUACCCUGACUUGGGACGGCUGUCUGACCCACAAGUUUGGAUGGAUGCUGGCACUCAAAUUUUCUUCUCAUAUGCCAUCUGUCUGGGCUGCCUCACAGCACUGGGAAGCUACAACAAAUACAACAACAACUGCUACAGGGAUUGUGUGUGCCUCUGCUUCCUGAACAGCGGUACCAGUUUUGUUGCAGGAUUUGCCAUCUUCUCCAUCCUGGGCUUCAUGUCUUACGAACAAAACAUACACAUCUCUGAAGUUGCUGAAUCAGGUCCAGGUUUGGCCUUCAUUGCUUAUCCUCGUGCGGUUUCCAUGAUGCCCUUUUCUCCUCUUUGGGCCUGCUGCUUCUUCAUUAUGAUUGUGUUUUUGGGAUUGGACAGUCAGUUUGUCUGCGUGGAGAGCCUGGUGACAGCCAUGGUAGACAUGUAUCCCUCCAUCUUCCGACGUAAACACCGCCGGGAGCUCUUCAUCCUGGCAGUAGCUGUGGUUUCGUUCCUCGUUGGACUUGUAAUGCUGACAGAGGGCGGCAUGUACAUUUUUCAGCUCUUUGACUACUACGCGGCCAGUGGGAUGUGUCUACUCUUUGUGGCUCUUUUUGAGACAACCUGUAUUGCUUGGGUCUAUGGGGCAAACCGUUUCUAUGACAACAUUGAGGAUAUGAUUGGUUAUCGCCCAAAUCCUAUUAUCAAAUACUGCUGGUAUUUCUUCACUCCUGCCACAUGCUUGGGAACUUUUGCUUUUGCGCUCAUUAAGUACUCACCUCUGAAGUACAACAAUACAUAUGUGUACCCUUGGUGGGGGAAUGGGAUUGGAUGGAUUUUAGCUCUGUCCUCCAUGCUGUGUAUACCUCUGUGGAUGGCAGCAAAACUCUACUACACUCCAGGAACUCUAAAAGAACGCCUUGCUCUGUUAACCACACCGUCCAAUGACUUGCCGGUGAUAAAGAGGGAGCAGGAGAGGUUGCUGGGGGUCGUUGCAGCGGAUGGAGACAGGCUCAGUCAGAAAACAGCUACAAAGGAAGGCUACUUACCGGUUAAAGAAAAAGAAUCUCAUUGCUGAAGCCUCGAUGGUCAAACUCAAGUCAGGAUUAAAGAUCACUCCAAAACCAUCUCUGUCGCCUGAAAGGGUGGCGCAACAGGUGCAAAAUUGCAGUCCCUUCACUUCCAUGUGCAAACUUGCUGCUGCAGCCUUCUCCAUCAUACGGUGCCUUCAAAAUAAGAGUUUUGUUUGCUUGUUUUCGGGAGCUGUUUUACAUCUCAUAUGUCAGGCUCAGAGUAGUGCAGAACAUUUGACAGUGUGACCACUAUAAGUAUUUAGCAGCAAAGAGUUCAUGUUUGCUCAUGUUUGCUUUCUAAGGAAGCAUUUUCACUUGCUAUGGACGUCUCUCAUGCUCAGUUAUACUGACAUUUACCUUGUUUCUAACUGCAAAGUUCUGCAGCUGACGGAACACAUGAAGUGUCCUUCCACUGCUUAGAAAGAGCUAAUCUAAGUAAUCAUUUGUCAUUAGUUGAAGUUUUUGAGUACAUGCACCACAUGAAUUUACUUUGUAUACAAGUUUACCAUGGUGAUGGCUUUGUCUUAACUGUACUGUGAAGAACUUUCCUAAUGAAAUCCUUUUUUUUUUUUUUUUUUACAAAUAUUUGAGGACGCAUGACUUUAGUUUUACAUUUACGGCUACCUAAAAAGAUUACAGCCAGUUGAACUGUAUUUUUUUUAUUUUAUAUUAAUAAUACUGGGAAUGAUGAUUCAUCUUUUUUGUCUGCCUUUCUGAACUUUGUGUUGUUUUGUUUUUCAUAUCAGUAUUUUGAUCUUUAUGUGGUUUUAAUGUAGCUGGGUUGGCCUCAUGUCUAAUGCACUAAACUGUAUCAAACUGAAGCAUCUGAGAGACACUGCUGUGCCAUUCUGAGGAUAAAAGCUGGGAAGAUUUGUUGAAGGGUUUCAGUCCAAAAAAAUACGUAUAUCACCAUGUUAUGUCAUCUCUUUCUGCUGUACACACGGGAUGAAUGUAUGAUCAGUGAUUACUGAUACUGAACACUUCUAGAAAUAUAACUUUUAUAAGCUGAAACCUUUUAUUAUGACCAAAUAAAUAUAUUCUAAUUUGA